AUGGCAGAGGAGCAACUCGACUGGUACGCCAUUCUCGGCGUCGAACGGACAGCCACCUCAAAGGAGAUCACAAAGGCAUACAGGGUCAGGGCACUCAAAGUCCAUCCCGAUAAGAACCCUGAUCCCAACGCAGCCAAGGUCUUCCAUGAGCUGUCGCAAGCAUACGACCUUCUUCUCGACCCAGCAGCACGAGCUGCCUUCGACAACCUGCUUAAUGUUAAAGUGCAAGCAAAGGAGCGAUCUAACAAGUACGAUUCAGUCCGCAGGAAGAUGAAGGAGGAUCUCGAGAACAGGGAGAACGCUUUCAAGAAGCAACAGCAGGACGAGAAGGCCGCUGCUCUCAGAAUGCAUUAUGAGAUGGAACGACUCAAGAAGGAGAAUAUCAAAAAGCGGGAAGAACGGGAAGCUGAACUCUUGGAGCAGGCGAAUCAACUCUCUCAAGCGUCUAAGGCAGUGCGGCAGGCAGCACGAGAUGAAGAAGCAACUUCACUGGACACGACACUAAGAGUCAAGUGGAAAAAGAAGAAACAGGAACUCGGAACAGAGGAGCUGACAGAGAUUUUCAAGAAGUUUGGCGUAAUCGACUCUUGUUUGUCCAAGAAACAAGGAUCGGCACUGAUAUCUUUCAAGACUCUCACAGGCGCAUUUACAACAAUGGCGGCUUCGGAGAAGGGCAACAAGGACUUGGAAGCGUUUACGGUUUCGUGGGCAGGAGGAUCAGAGCCAGCAUUAGUAUCUAGUCUACGUGCCAAGAGCGCAUCAUCACCAUCAUCCACACCUUCUACUGCUGCCUCAACACCUACUUCAGCCUCAAGUCCACAAAGUGCGCCGCGGCCAGUAUUUAAUACCGCACCGAGCCCGGCCUUCACACCAGCCUUUGGAUCAUCAGCAAAAGGGUUUGCAGGAUUCCCCUCAGAUAUCCCUAGCUUUGCACCACCGCCUAUAUUUAACGUUGCUGCACCACUGGUGGAUGACUAUGAGGCUGCAACGUUGGCAAGGAUGAAGAACAAGGACAAUGAGCGGAAACGACUUGCGGAGGAAAUGUUGCGCAUGGAUCGGGAAGAGGAAGAGCGAUUACUGACCCUGGCUGCUGAGAAGGACAAGAAGCAGAAGAUGUGA